GCCACCUUCGGGGAAUGUUUCGGUAUUUACGGGUUGCCUUGGAGGAAAACACAAUUGAUAUCAAAUAUUUCAUGUGACAGCGAGAGACGGUUUUAUUUAUUCAUUCGUGUCAUUUAUUCGUUUUUUAGUCAGGAUGAACUCACCUCGGUGGAGCUUCUCAGGCUAGUUUUGCUAACUAGCCGAGAACAAAGAGACCCGGAAGUUAGCAACACAUCGCUCAGCAGGGCUCAAGCGUGCGUGCAAAGUGUGGUUGUGUGUAAAUGUGUAAAGUACCCAUGCCGGGAGCGUCGAAGACACAUUUGUAGUGUGAGAAAGAACGAUUUUAUUCAUUUUAUCAACUCAUUCCACAGUCAGGAUAUACUCAUCGUGGUGACAUCGAAGCUUCUCAGGGUAGCUUAGCUUGCUAACUGCCAAACCGGAAGUUAUGAAGACAUUGCUAAACCGUGUGAGUGUAAAAGUGUUGGGAUUGUGUGAGCAUGCGUCGAACAAAUGCCUCGAGCGUAGAAUUUAAGGACUUCACACGCCCACUAGGGGGCAUCGAUGUUCUAUUCUAAGACGUUGAAUUGAUUAUUUAUAAGACAUUAGUACUACGUGCAAUACAUAAAAGUAAGUUGAUUGGCUUCACGACUUACCAUGGCUUCCAUGAUUGAACUAUAUAUAUAUAUAAACAAUGUGAGUGAACUGUAUUUGCAAUUUAGCAAAGAGCUAUACAGUCACCCAAUGAUGACGUCAUACAGAGACGACGCUGGUGGCGAAAAUAACGAAUAAUAAACAUUUCUGAGAAAACUAAAAAUAUUUGGAAAAUAAAAAAAAGGGGAAAUCGGCCAUUUUACAAGAAUGAAUAAUAUCAAGAUAUUAACAAACACAACAAGAAAAAUGUCAUAAUAUUACGAGGGAAAAUAACAUUUUAGACCAUUUACCUUACAAUGUUCCGAGAAUUAAGUACAAAACAUGAAAGCGGCAAGGUCACAACCCUUUUUUUUUAAUUAAUUAGUUCAUUUUUUUGACGGACUUCAUUCACUCCUGCGUCUUUAUCCGUUUCCGUUGUCUCAAGUUGAAGGGCCGCACAGAAGACAAGUUUGCUGCCAGUCCAAAGAAACUACGUGGAACGGCGCACAAGCGUGUGCGCAUGCGCACUGGGCCCAUGGCACUCCGGGGCGAGAGAGAAGCAGCGGCAUGAUGGAAUGACGCCGACAUUCCAACAUGGAAACGGCGGCUGAGCUCGCGUCCGUCCGAGUCCGCACUGCGGGAUGCUCCCCGGGUCGGGCCUGACUGCCGAGAACUCCCCCCCCCACCAAGACCGACCACCGGAGGCUCGGGUCGACCUGCGGAUAAAACAGCAGAUCGACGGGAUCGGCAGCGGCGUACAUGGCUUGAAGAUGCAGUGGCACCCCGAGCAAAGCCAGUGGGCUGAACAGCAUUUCGACAUUUCCUCCACCACACGCUCCCCGGGCCACAAGGCCGAGGCCUACCGUCUAGUACCCGGGCUUCUGCAGUGCGCCGCCACCGAUCAGUACGCCUGGGCCAAUGACGACAUCUCUGCCCUCACCGCCUCCAACCUGCUCAAGAAGUAUGCCGAGAAAUAUUCCGGUAUUCUGGAGAUGCCCGUCUCCUGUUCUGAUGCUCCAAGUGUCCCGGGAGCGAUAAACGGACGUAAGGGUGAAUCGGACCCCUGGCAAGAUGGCGUCUACCCCAUGAGCUGCAUCCCAGACGGGGUUCCGAUCCGCAAGGGAGGCGUGGCAGCCGCCUCUGAGGUAGUGACCGGCUUGUGCAGCUCUCCCGGUCUCGCCUCCAGCAAUCUGAGCGAGCCGAGCUACUCGAGCAGCAGCUGUGGAAGCCAUAUUACCACUGCGCUCCACUCGGCUUCAUUGCCCUCUCAGGAAUAUGCGGCGUCGUACACCGGGUCCUACUUGCACGGUAGUUACAAUUCUCAGUCUGUCCCCGCCCCUACGCACCCGUCUGGUCUCCUGCAACCACCCCCGCCGUCCUCUCACCCUGCAUUUGUUCCACCUUACAAGGGGGGCUCACCAAACCUAUCUGGUUAUAACUACCCUGCAGCAGGGUACCCUGUACAGAGCUCAGUGAGGCCUGGAUACAGCCCCGGGGCAGCGCCCCUGCCGUCCUCAUACCUUCCCUCAAGCAUUGCCACACCGACACCUCUUCCCCCUUCGUCAACUUUACCUGGUUAUCCGUACCAUAACCACAGCUUGACCCCAAUCACCCCAAGUCCUCUCAACAGUUGCUCCUCCAACACUCUGAAGAGGGCGACUUUCUACAUCGCCGGUCAAGGAGAUAUGGACUCCUCUUAUGUUAACUUUGGAUUUGACCAACCUCGGAGUUCAGCCGAAAGCCCCAUGUACGGAGUAGCGGACAGCAGCAGCACAAACGGAAGCUCUAAUGAUACGAGCGGCGGUGGCUUUGACAGGAGUGCUGAGAAGUCAUUGCAGCACUUUCAUUCGCAAAAGCAGUACACGAAGCCUCCUGAGCAGCAGCACAAGAAGUACAACAGCCAGGGAAGCAACGGCCCGCUAUCUCCACCGCCGUAUGUGUCCUCCACACUCAGGGGUUCCCGCUCUGCAGAAUCUCUCUCCAGCUUCAGUGAGCCAAGGCCUGAAGCUCAUCACAUACACUUCUCCCACUCAGGGGCCGUCUCGCGAUCUGCUCAAGAGCAACUAAAAGCUUGUGAGCCUCACCUCUUGGACAUGGUUACCUCUGAAAUUGUUCAGCAGGGGCCCCCUGUGGACUGGAGUGACAUUGCAGGCUUAGAAAUGGCUAAAGCGACGCUGAAAGAGGAGGUUCUGUGGCCCGUCCUGCGUCCUGACAUAUUCAGCAGCUUAGGACCCACGCCACGCUGCGUGCUGCUCUUUGGCCCCAGAGGCAGUGGUAGGACGUUGCUGGGUCACUGCCUGGCCCGUCAGCUUGGGACGCCGCUGCUUCAACUCAGCGGCUCUACUUUGGUCACCAAGUGGCUGACAGACGGGGAGGGGAUUAUCCGAGCCACUUUCCUGGUGGCGCGCUGCCGUCAACCCUCCGUAGUGUUCAUCAGUGAGGUGGACAUGCUGCUUUCGUCGCAACUCACGGAAGAAAGCCCCGUUAACAGACUGAAGCGGGAGCUGCUUUCUCAGCUGGACUCUCUUCUCGUGGGCUCGGGUGACGACGGAAGCAACCACGUCGUAGUGCUUUGCUCCACUAGCCGACCCCAGGACAUGGAUGAAGGGUUUCAUCGGUACUUUGCUCUAAGGGUUCUGGUACCUCUGCCUGAUAGCGCAGCUCGACACCAGAUUCUGAGACAGCUUCUGACACAAUCCCAGCAGAAAUACUGCAUGAGCGAGGAGGACCUGGCACUGCUGGUACAGCGCACGGAAGGUUUCUCGGGACUUGACCUGGGCAGACUCUGCCAAGAAGCCCGUGUGGGUGUGUCACGUGUAUCCGCACAACAGGGCAUAGACGGCAUCAUGCCUCGGGGACACAUGCGGCCCCUGACCUACCAGGACUUUGACAGCGUCUUUUGCAAAUUCCAGACCGGUACAUCAGGGAAAGAAAUUGAUAUGUACACCGAAUGGAGCAAAAUGUUCGGCCGCAGCCCCGAAAAGGACAGACUUGCUUCCUCGAUGUAAAAGAGGCGUUUUGCCGCUGCUUUUCCUCAGGGUGGACAAGUUGUGCUGGAGGAAAAGCUAACAAAACCCCACAGAGGUUGUCACUCCAAAUGCAUUGAAUUGGAACGGUUUCAACCAUGUUUACACUGCAAGAUGGAUGCAGGAAAGACAACCCAGUACCUGUGCGAAUAUAAAUACAUUCUUGACAUUGGCUUGGUUAUCAAAGUGCCUGAAGUGGUGCUUUACGAUUUGAUUUGCCUCACGAUCGAUAUGAUUUGAGUUCACAAAACUGAGAGCUUUAAACCGUUUGGAUUCCGGGUGACUCGGCACUGACGCCACAAAUCAAGCAACAACUCAGGAAAGCAGUUGUGAAACACAGCGUAAGCUUACAACGGGGGUGUCCAAACUUUUUCCACCGAGGGUCGCAUGCGGAAAAAUGAAAGAUCCCACAAGUCUGAUCAAACUCACUUCUUUCUAUAGUCACUUAUGACUUUAUUCCUACAAUAUUUUGACUUGAUUUUUCCCGCAACCUAAUUUUCCAAAAAUAUUUUAUUGUCCGGCUGCACGGCGGUCGUGUGGUUAGCGCGCAGACCUCAAAGGUAGGAGAAACGUGUUUAAUUCCACGCUCGGCCAUCUCUGUGUGGAGUUUGCAUGUUCUCCCCGUGCAUGCGUGGGUUUUCUCCGGGUACUCCGGUUUCCUCCCACAUUCCAAAAACAUGCUAGGUUAAUUAGCGACUCCAAAUUGUCCAUAGGCAUGAAUGUGAGUGUGAAUGGUUGUUUGUCUAUAUGUGCCCUGUGAUUGGCUGGCCACCAGUCCAGGGUGUACCCUGCCUCUCGCCCGAAGACAGCUGGGAUAGGCUCCAGCACACCCUCGUUAGGAUAAGCGGUAGAAAAUUAAUUUAUUUUAUUGUCCUAAAAUGACCACUUGUUCUUGUCAUAUUACUGCAGAUUUACACCUUUUUGUGUUUUUUUUACUAGUUUUAUGGUUCAACUAUAUUUUUAGAAUGUGGUGCGGGCGGGCCAAUAAAAAAAUAGCAGCGGCUCCCAGGUCGCACUUCGGACACCCCUGUUUUCCAGAAAAAAACGCUGCUUUUCCCGUGUAGGAGGCUUGCGACGUCAAAUGGCUUGAUUUCCAUUCCAAUCAAAUCAGUGUUUUGAUAUUUUUUCUUUCAUAUCAUGUGCUGUAUUUGCCACCGUUCAUUCACCGUUUAACACAGCGUUUAUUGUUGUUGGUCUCCUCUUUAAGGCUGGAUUUGCAGUUCAGAUCUGAGUGUCCGAUUCCAAUGUUAGAGAAGACCUUAUUUUUGCUUUCAUAUUUCAACUUUAUGCUACUCAACUGAUGUUAUUUGUCCUCACAAUAUUACUUGUUUAUUCUGGGAACAUUUUGACUUUUUCCUAUUAAUAUUUUCCUCUUUAAAUUUUGACUUUAAUGUCGUAAAAUGUGUUUUUUUUCCAUUCCUGACAUUCUUUACUUGUGUAAAUUUUCUUCUUGGAAUAUUAUGACUAUGAAUUCUUUCCCAAAAAUAACUAGAAUAUUUCAAUUCAAUGCUAUUUACACUGCAUGGAGACGGCCAUGGCAUGUCUGACAUGAUAGAAAAGGUCUCCUCCCGUUCAAUAUGGAAGUGGUACAUUGUUGUCCUUAUUUCUCUUUUAAAAUGUUUUUAAUUCAGAGAUUUUUCACAGAAAUACCAGUAUUUUCCCCAAAACACUUCCUUUUUUGUUGUUGAGGUAUUCGCAAACAUGUGCAAGGUGCCUUGCAGGUUUAAAAUAAAACAUUGCACUUUUUCUAGUAUGAUUUUGCACAAGCAAUGUUUAUUUCUGAAAUGCAUCCAGAAGAAGACGCAUCAUUUCAUUUUAAGGUACAUCUGUAUCAUAUCGGUGAGAAAGAAAACUGUGGCUUUAAAACGAGCUUUAAUGUCAAAAUCUAAUCAUUUUUCAACAUUUGACAUUUCCAUCGUUUAUUUGUGUUGUCCGGGCAAACGUGGGUGUCGGAGGACAUCCAGUUCCAUUCCAGCCUGACGCGUCGUGUAAAUCCAGCCUGAGCAUUUCUACCUCAUAGUUGGAAACACUGAAAUUAAAAAUGUAAAAAAAUAGCAUUAGCAGAAGCGCUUGCAUGUAUAAUCCCACACAUUUGCUUUUGUGUCUGUUGUGUGAGACCGGUGAAUGUGGAUAAGCGGGCACUUUUUCUAUUGUUUUUCUACACCGCAUUUACAGUAUAUAUAUUUAUAUAUAUUUAUUUUUUUCUUUCGUGUGGCCAGUUUUCUAGUAUAGCGUUGACACGCCUGCACAACUUUGAACCGGCGCCUUCCUGUUGUAAAUACGCUGUCUUCGUAACAGCUAGCAUGCUUUUUGCCACCUUGUGACCUUUAAAGACAGCAAACACGUCAUUCAUUGAAAAGUCUCUCUCUUCUUUUCGUUUUAAAUUGUCAUGAGUCAUAAAUGCACUUGUAAAUAUCAGAAUA